GACGAACCAUGUCUACUAUCCACGACGCGCCCUUGCCAUUGUUCCAUUCCAGUGAGCGAAAACGUAAUCGCGGAGUGGUCGUUUUCAUUGUUGAGCGAGCCGCUUAGAACAAAAAAUACUUGUGACCAAAAAAAGUCAACCGUUUCUCUAGUAGUUUCGGUAUUAUUAUUGUGAAGUAUACCGGCAACCCUAAUGAACUGUAUCCCUAUAAUCGGAAUCUUGUAAUUUUUAUAAAGGGGUGCAAUCUUAAGAACGCAAAAAACAAUAUCAGUUUUCUACGCGAUUAAACUAAGCGCGACAAUAAUUUCAAAGGUGUGUUUUAUUUCCUAUGAAUCACUUUAAGUAUGCGUUACCAGUGUUAAUUUGUUAUCAGUUAGUUUUAAGCGAAGUGUUGGCGUAAUCGGUUGAUUCAGCCGUGCGCCCAGUACUACACUCCACUACAGCACACCCGUCCGGAUGUGAUUUGUCGACGGAAAAUGUUGUAUCUCGUCAGUGCGUCGCUCUAAAUGUUGCAGUAUGUUUCCAUCUUGUUUAGUUAACGGGUGACCGAGUUCAGUACUGUGCGUAAUUCUGUAACAAUAAUAACAAUAGUGUUAGUGACUAUCGUUACCCAAGGAUGGCUUCGGUAACCGAUUCGCCGGUGUUGCGACAGCGCGCCAGGCCUGUCUUGGCCCGGUACAAGCCAAUGGGCAAUAACGACCAGUUACAAAGUAAACGCGAGCUGUUCUUCAAGUCGGAGUCGGUGAGCGGCAGCACGGGUCUACCGAGCGGCGCGCCCCCCGCGCCACCCGUCGCACCUUCCGCGCUCAAGGAUGCGCUGGCGAAGCGGUCCGCGACGCUGCCCGACGCCCUCGAAAACAACCACCACGAGCCUAAUGGCAUCAAGAUCAACAGCAUGCCGGACACCGGCAAGUCUGCGCCGCCGCAGAUGCCCGCCCCGCCGCCACCCACUACAGCACCGCCCGCAUCUCUCAGGAACACAGACAAUAUUAAGAAACCCGAGCAUCCUCCAGUUGCUCCAAAACCCGAAUUACCUAAGAUAGAGAAACCAAAGACCAAAGAACUAGAUGGCUACGUGGGCUUCGCGAAUCUCCCCAACCAAGUGUACAGGAAGGCUGUGAAAAAAGGGUUCGAGUUCACACUUAUGGUUGUUGGUGAGACGGGUCUCGGCAAAUCGACGUUAAUAAAUUCGUUGUUCCUGACGGAGGUAUACGACAGAGACAAACAUCCCGGGCCGUCGUUGCGGGUCAAGAAGACAGUGGGAGUGGAGACCAGUGUCGUUUUACUCAAAGAAAACGGAGUCAACUUAACACUUACGAUCGUCGAUACGCCCGGAUUCGGUGACGCCGUCGACAAUAGCAAUUGUUGGCAACCGAUAAUCGACUUUGUGGAAUCGAAAUACGAGGAGUUUUUAAAUGCGGAGUCCCGAGUGACGCGCAAGGCGGCGCCGCCCGACACCCGCGUGCACUGCUGUCUGUACUUCAUCGCGCCCAGCGGUCACGGCCUCAAGCCGCUCGACGUAGAGUUCAUGCAGCGGCUCGGCGACAAGGUCAACAUCAUACCCGUCAUCGCCAAAGCUGACACCAUGACGCCAGAAGAGUGCAAGGACUUUAAGGAACAGAUAAUGAAGGAGAUAGCGCAGCACAAGAUCAAGAUCUACGAGUUCCCGGAGUGCGGGGGCGGCGCGGGCGCGGGCGAGGAGGGCGAGGGCGCGGACGCGACGCGGGCGCUGAGGGCGCGCGUGCCUUUCGCCGUCGUGGGCGCCAACACCGUCAUAGAGACCGAGGGCCGGCGGAUCCGCGGCCGCAAGUACCCCUGGGGCAUCGCUGAAGUGGAGAAUCUGGAACACUGCGAUUUCUUAGCGUUACGUAACAUGGUGAUCAGAACGCACCUUCAGGACUUGAAGGACGUUACCAGUUCGGUGCACUACGAGAACUACCGCUGCCGCAAGCUCGCCGGACUCUCGCACGACGGCAAACCGCACAGGAUCAACUCCAACAAUUUGUGCCCGCAAGGACUGAUGAACAGUUUCAUGACCGUUUGGAAUCCUUUAGCUCAAAUGGAAGAGGAAAAACGGGAGCACGAUCUUAAAAUGAAGACGAUGGAAAGCGAAAUGGAACAGGUGUUCGAGAUGAAGGUGCGCGAGAAGCGCGCCAAGCUGAAGGAGUCCGAGGCGGAGCUGGCGCGGCGGCACGAGGCGACGCGGCGCGCGCUCGAGGCGCAGGCGCACGAGCUGGAGGAGCGCCAGCGCGCGCUGCACGCCGAGCGCGCCGCCUGGGAGCGCGACACCGGCCUCUCGCUCGACGACCUGCGCCGUCGCUCGCUCGAGGCCAACAGCAAGGAGACCGUUGAUGGAAAGGAUAAGAAGGAUAAAAAAAAGAAAGGUUUGUUCUAGGCCUCCGACUUAUGGCAUCGGCCUCGCACCCACCGUACGUAACACACGUGUGACUAACAUGUCGCCAUUGUGCCACACGACACGAAACGACAAUUUACAAUGGAUACUUACAAUAUUUUCUCCUAAUCACUGUUUAACUUAUGUACUUUGGCAUCGGUUAUUGUGACAAGGUGCCGGUGUAGUUUUCAUAUUUUAAAAAAUUAUUUAAUUUUCAUUACCAAAGAUUUGAAUACAUAGAUAGGACCUUACUAAGAAAUUAGUAAAGAUAGCAGAUAAAGUAAAAUAGCCGACAUUACAACUUCCAACAUAUGAACAAAAUUAGAUUAUUUUCCCGUAUUUAUCUGAAUUUGUAAUUUCUUGUUAUCUUCGUAAUAUAUAGUUGAGUUGUACACAAAGGCCAAUAUGUGUAAUAAUCUUAUUAUUUUUAAAACACUCAAUAUUUGACUAUCGUAUGCCUUCAAUUUGUAUAGAAUUGACAUGUGACAUGACAUGACAUCAGUUGUCAGAGCCGGGUGUUGUCAUUUUGUAUCAAAUUGUGUUGUUCCCACAACUCACAUAUCGCUUCCCACUAACUCGUGUAUAAAAUGUACCUUUUUUUUAAACUUUAAUAUUUCCGCGUUAGCUCAAUUGAGAUUUUUAAGAGAUUUGAUUGUUAUCUAUUAACUUAAAUUCUUAAACAUAGUGCCAUUGUCUGAAUUGUGACGAUUGUUGUAAUUCGUUAACUAAUUGUUUUACUCGCUAAGUAUGUAUACAACUCUAUGUACAAUAGUCGACGUACGGACCAUAUACAAUGUGCCAACAUGAUUUAACUCUACAUUUCAUUUGUACUGUCUAUUACAACAAAUACCUAUUUAAAUGUCAACUUGACGGGGAUUAUUAAAUAAAGACAAUAAUUUAAUAAUUAAUCCUUAUAAAUAUUGGAAAUUUGACAUCAAGUACGGCCCCGUGAUGACGUCACGAUGUAAUAAGUUACAGCUAAGUCCGGCCCCGCGAUGACGUCACGAUGUUAUAAGUUACAGCUAAGUCCGGCCCCGCGAUGACGUCACGAUGUUAUAAGUUACAGCUAAGUCCGGCCCCGUGGUGACGUCACGAUGUGAUAAGUUACAGCUAAGUCCGGCCCCGCGAUGACGUCACGAUGUUAUAAUUUACAGCUAAGUCCGGCCCCGUGAUGACGUCACGAUGUAAUAAGUUACAGCUAAGUCCGGCCCCGCGAUGACGUCACGAUGUUAUAAGUUACAGUUAAGUCCGGCCCUGUGUAUGUGAUCUGAGCGUCAACGUUUCAUGUUUGUCAUUUAAUUUUGAAAUUGUGCUUGUAAUGGGAAAAAUGUUCACUAAUCAUUGGGAUCUGUUUUAUACUUUGUAUAUAGUAUUUGCUAAUUCUUUUAGUUUAAGUUAUUUAAGAAGUGAUAAACAUUUGGUAUUUUACACGCGAUGAUAUUUCGUAUGACAUUCGAAAUUAAUCUAUGUCAUUUGGACCAAAUAGUAGUUAAAAAAGAAACUAUCGCAUACUAUGGUCCCGAUUUGAUUUUGUCGUGAAUUUAUUUUU